UCCAAAAUGGAAAGUUCAGUUUCAACUUGAACCAUCCACUCACUUACAUCCUGCAAGAACACCACUAGGCCUUCUGAACCCAUCCCGGCGACUAUCUCUCACCUUCGGGGAGAAUCGCCAUGGUUCCCCCACAACUAAACAGCCUUUACUCGUUAUCCUGUGAUCACAUAUAUUAAUAAAGUAGUCGCGGCGAAAAAGAUACCACCCACCAUGAGCGACGAGCCCAAGCUCCAACAAAAGUUUCUCCCUCUGAGGGAGCUCAGUCUCAACUCAAGGCCUCUCGUGAAGCGUGCCAUUGCCUUUUCAUGUGACGGCGAGCUGGCCGUAGCCGCCGACGAUUCUGUCCAUGUCUACGUCCCAGAGUUUCCAGACCUCACUAAACGACGGCAGGAGAAGGAGAAGCUGGCUCAAGCACAGGUUCGCCACCAUCAAAUCUUGAUACCUGGCUCGCACACCCCGUCAACGUCUUGGUCGGAUGAUGAGGAAGGCCAGAGCAAAAGCCGGCGCAACAACCCGAGAGCCCAAUUCUCCGAAGGCAGCAAACACAUGCCUGUCUCCUACCCGCCACUAGAUCCACGAAUCAACAGGGAGCUUUUCCAGACGCAGAAUCUUCCGUUCCCUUACGAUAACCAAGCAGCUGCUGGCGGUAACGACGAUGACGACUCUGAUAGUGAGGACAACGUCUCAGAUGCGCUGAGCUCUGCUGCUGACUCUGAUGAUGAUGAUGACGGUGUCGGCGCCCAUCAGCGCGCAAAUCAACCCUUUGGCGCUGGCUUCGGGCCCAUUACUGGCGUGGGCAGUAGCAUGAAUCAUGUUGUGCGGAUAGCCUGGUCGCCCUCCGGGUUGGGACUCAACCGGCGACCUAUACUCGCCAUACUGACGGGCUCUGGAACAUUGGCCAUGUACGGAGACGACAGCGCUGUGGCCAAUAUUCUACCGAGGGCAAACGAGGGAAUGCUGCAGCGGAGAGAGCUAAUAUCGUGGAGUGUGCUUUGGGGCGUCGGCGAAAGGCUGAUGGUGCCUGGUCAACAACUUGUCUUGACAGAGAACAUCCAUGGGUUUGCGUGGGCAAAAGAGAUUGCACCGGGACAGGCACUUCUCGCUACGAUUAAUGAUCAGAGAGAGGUAGCACUUAUUAGUGUGCAAAGUAUGCUGAAAGUCGACGAAACCAGGAGUAAAAGCAACAUUUCCUUGCUGGUCGAGUCCAAGGAAAGCUUGGUGUGGUAUGUGAAUGAGGUGGCGAGAUUCCAGUGUUCAGGGCCUCAUCCGAAGGGAAAUGUUAUGGAUCCAGACUGGGUCCCUUUUGGUACAUCAUUCGGCAUUAACUUUAGCCCGUGGGUAGAAGAAGGUGAUGGGCGCAGUUGCCUUCUUUCCUACGUUGAUAGGAACUAUGUCGGCUUCCGUAAAGUUACGCUUGCCUCUAACUGGAAGCGAGGAGAGCUGCCGGAACUCAAGUUUGAGGAGACGGACACUUACGGCAGAUGCCUACACCUUUCGACAGACUCAUUUGUGGAGUUUGAAGACGCUGUUUGGAAUGCAGGCAGGGUCAAAUACUGUCGUGGCUUCAUCGUCACGGGCUUUGACUACAAGCCAUUUGAGGUAGCUCUCGUCGGCGGCGAGGAAUACAGCUGUGAGCCUCAUGAUUCUAGUGAUUGUGGAACGACAUAUAUGGAUGAAGCUGUUGACCAGCCAUCAACGAAUCCUAUCAUCGACCUCGUCAUUCACCGUCCGGACCUUAAGAAGCAGACACCCGUUCCGCGUUUUACUCUUAUUCGCAUGUCGGCAACCUCUACCAAUCUCGACUGGUAUGAGACGAACGUACCUGCUCUUCCUGGUGAAGUUGCUACGUCGAUUAACGAGGAUAGUGACCUUGUCAAUUCGCCUAGCGAGACUCACGAGCCGCAAUGGGUGACUCAGGUUUUGCAAAAGUUGGCGGUCAGUGUUCCCGCUGACAUGCAUUUUAAGCGGGGUUACGGAGAUGAUGAUGAUGUAUCGGUGGCGUCUGACGAGUCCGAUGAGGAUGAAGAUCUGGACGACGAUGACUUUUAUGGCAAUGACGAUGAUAACACCAUCGACAUGACCAACAAUGGGAAAGAUGCAAUGGCGGUGGCGCCAGAGGUUCCGGAAAUCCACCCACAUCGGUUUAGACUACACGGUCUCACGAUAUCAUCAGGUGGGAAUGUCACGGCCAUGAUUGCCAGUUUACAUAGCACGCAGCACCCGGAGCGCGGCGGUUGGCACACGGUCCGAUCAACAGUGUUCUUCGGAACCAAGCCGCGGAAAAGGGGGGCUGCAUUGCCUUACGAUCAGGCCGAUCAAGUGCAAGAGGCCACAGAGCAGGAGAAGGAGAAAGGCGCCGAAGAAGCCAUUGAUCCUGCCCUCCGUGGGCCUGAAAGGCCCUUGACUCCAUCACCGGUGCCGACACGGAACUCUGUCACCAAAUCAGCAGAACCUCAACAAUCCCAGUCUAGGCUGACGACCGAAGCCCGUCUUUUCGAAUGGCUAUACGGCGGCGGCGAUGAAGUCCCCGGCGUAACCAUCAACCAUCCCUCCAACCUCGUUAACCUCAACGCUCCCGAACACCAGUUUCCGCAGAAGCUCAAUACCCUUUUUGCGUACGCCAUAGCCCGCCAGAAAUGCGACCUCUGCGGCGCCAGAAUUUUGCCACCUGUCACCAAAAAGCAGCAACACUCACAGCAACAACAACAAAAAGACAAACGCAGCGGCCUAAGCGGCUGUGAGAACGGCCACUUCUUCAGCGUGUGCACGACAAGUGGACUGGCGAUCCAAAUGCCCGGAAUCACGAGGAACUGCGGCGCUUGUGGAUCGAGGACCAUGCGGGCAGAGAUCUUGGCUCGCAAAUGUAUUCCUCCUAACCCCAAGUUUAGUGAUGAAGACAAGCAGCCCGAGCAGCAGGUUAAGGACAAAGAUGGCGACGUAGAGAUGCAGGAAGGGGAAGGUGAUGCGGAUGCUCGUCCUCUGACCGAAGAGGAACAGCUGGAUAUUAAGAGAAAGAAUGCUGAGAAGAGGAUCAGGGGAGAAAUCAUUGCCAUGUUGGGUGAUGGGAUCUGUGGUGGGUGUGGUGGCAAGUUCUUGAAUUAGUAUACUGUAACUCGUACGACACUCUUACCGUCGAGAUGGCUUCAACUAGAGACAUUGCUUUGAGGGGAAUGGGUGUUAAAGGAAUUGUAUAGUGUGAGGUCGGGGUAGUAGCCCGGUUAUUCAAGAAACAGGCGAAGUUAUCCAUCAUCUCCCAGGGACCAAACUGUGCGAUCCCCAUUAAAGAGUCAGACAUGUGUUUCUCUUGGCAGCAUUAAGG